AUGGGAGCCCCGGGGGCGGGAUCGGCCGCGCCCUCCUGUCUGGCCUCGCCCAUUGCGCCCCGCCCCGAGGGCAGCCAGGGAGUCCACGUGGACGCGGGCGCCCCAGGUGGAUUUUCCCAGAGUGGAGGCUGCUGCAAUGAAGUUAGGAAAAACCUGGCUCCCCGCUCACUCUCCCUGGAUCUUGAGGAGGCAGGCCCUGACCGAGUGUGGCAGCGGGGAGUGGGGAGAUGGGGUGUGGAUGCCUCCUUUUCCUGCCCAGGGAUCAGCAGCAUGAAUCAGCUUGGGGGGCUCUUUGUGAAUGGUCGGCCCCUGCCCCUGGACACCCGGCAGCAGAUUGUGCGACUAGCUGUCAGUGGAAUGCGGCCCUGCGACAUCUCACGGAGCCUUAAGUGCCUUGUAGCUUCCUUCUGUCGUAGAAACGCACCUUCUACCCAUCCUGCCUUACCUAUUCCUGUUUCUCACCUGACCCAGGUAUCUAAUGGCUGUGUGAGCAAGAUCCUAGGGCGUUACUAUCGCACAGGUGUCUUGGAGCCCAAGGGUAUUGGGGGAAGCAAGCCCAGGCUGGCUACGCCCCCUGUGGUGGCUCGAAUCGCCCAGCUGAAGGGUGAGUGUCCAGCUCUCUUUGCCUGGGAAAUCCAACGCCAGCUGCGUGCUGAAGGGCUUUGCACCCAGGACAAAACUCCCAGUGUCUCCUCCAUCAACCGAGUCCUGCGAACACUACAGGAGGACCAGGGACUGCCCUGGGCACAGUAUGGGCCGCCAGUUGUUUUGGCUCCAGCUCCUCCUACUCUCCAUAGUGGCUCCGAGGCUCCCCGGGGUCCUCACCCAGGGACUGGCCACCGGAAUCGGACUAUUUUCUCCCCAGGUCAAGCUGAGGCACUGGAAAAAGAGUUCCAGCGUGGGCAGUAUCCUGAUUCAGUGGCCCGCGGUAAGCUGGCUGCUGCCACCUCCCUGCCUGAGGACACGGUGAGGGUAUGGUUUUCCAACCGAAGAGCCAAAUGGCGCCGGCAAGAGAAACUCAAGUGGGAAACACAGCUGCCAGGUGCUUCACAGGGUCUAACUGGACCAGGUGUUUCCCCAGGGAUCAUCACUGCACAGCAGUCCCCUGGAAGUGUGUCGACAGCAGCCCUGCCUACCCUGGAACCCCUUGGUCCCUCCUGCUAUCAGCUGUACUGGGGGAUAGCACCAGACAGGUGUUUGACUGACACCCCACCCGAAGCCAGGCUCGAGCCCUGCUGGGGUUGCUUGCCCACAGAGCUGAGUUCCCUGGGUUCAGUUCGGCUUUGCCAUCCUUGCCCUUCCUUUCACUGCCCUGCUGCCAGUCUUGGUGCCCCCCAAACUCUGCUCUGUCCUGGUCUCCCACCGCUGUAG